CCUGCCGACCUGCGCAAGAGUCACAUUCCGACUCCCACCUUCGCGAUUAGCCGUCGAGCCUGUGAAGGCUUCGAAUCAGUUGCCAUUUUUUAGAAAGUGCCUUGUGUGUGUUUACAAUACGUAGGACGAAAUGACAACCCAGUAACGACCAUGUCGCGUCUAGCAUGCCUGCUAGCUGUGGCUGGCGCUUCAGCCCAGCUCACGCUUGACGGUAUCCGCUGCGGACAGCUGACGUGUCAGCUUGAGGAAUACUGCUCUCCAGAGACCAAUAGAUGUGCUCCCUGUGACGUGGUGUGUAACAAGACGCACCAUAACUUCGACAAUGGACUGUGCAUUAAGGAGUGUCAAGGAUACCUUCUGGAUUUGCGCUACAUGCGACGAUCGGAAACGAUGUCCCCACCCUCCGACAUUAACAGUGUGCAGCGUCAAGCACAAACAGCGCUGAUAGUCAGCGGUGUGGCCCUCGCGGUUCUGCUCCUUGUGCUGAUCAUCAUUUGUCGAGGCCGCUUGUCUUGGAGGUACAUCAAGCAGAAACUUCAACCUUCCAAGAAUCGCGUAAAGCAGUAUCCGACGGAUCUAACACAUCACAACCCGCACGCUGAGAUGCCGAAACCGAAGCCCGAAUUGAAGCUAGAGAUACGAAACCCCGAACCGCCGAAGCGGCUCAACGUACGAGAUUUAGACACGAGGACGCAAACGGACAAGAGUCUGGGAGCCACCACGCCGAAGACGAUCAGCACAGCCGUCAGCAAUAGGCACCCUGCUGAAGACACCACUCUCGAUUUCUCGUACGACAAUAUGGGCAUGAACGUCACACCCCCGGAGCAACCCGCCGCCGCUAGUCACAAGUUCUGAGAACCGGUCGUCAGAUUCGGUGGUGAAACCGUGAGAAUCAUAGACACAAGUCCAAAUUGUAGUGAUGAUAAUGAGCGUUUUUAAAUUUAUACUUCAAUAGAAUUUUGAUAUAAUAUGUAGUUAUUACAUACUUAAAUGUGUUCUUUGAGCCUUGUAUUCAAAAUUUUUUAUAGAUUAGUGAGCGGAUUUUAAUCUCAAUUUGUAAAGAAUUUUUGCAAACGUUUUCUACCAUGCAGUCUUUACAUGCAAUGGAAUGCUAUAUUUUAAAAUGAUAAUGGACGAACAAAUGGAUGUUAUAGAUUCCGUAUCGCUUUGGAAUUUUCACCCGUCGAGUAAAUGUGAUAUUCAUUAAUGUAAUAAUGUGUUGAAUUUAGUUCAUCCGAUGAUAUAGUCAGCACGAAUGCAAUCAAACCGCGUGAUAGUUGAAUUACGAGUUGUGGAGAGGCGGCUACUGUUCAUACAUCACAAACUAGAAUCAAUUAGCAUUUUAUUGGUAAAUGUUUGCUAACAUCACUAAUUAUAUCUCUGAUUGGAGAUUGUGUUGUUAAGUUUUGAUCGUUGUUUUCUUUACAGCAUUCGUGUCAAUAAUACAUCACGACUAGAAUAAAUACUUAGAAUAAUCAUAUACUUAGUUGUUUAAUAGUUUUUCGUAGAGAUUAUUAAGAAAAAAAUAAGAAAUGUCUACAGAGGUAAACUUUUAUAAUAUUUACGCGUUUAAUAUUGUAUAUACGUGUAUUCUAAGAGCAAUAAAUGAAUCAUGUAGAUGUUAUUUGUGCGUAACGUUUUGAUGAAUGUUUUAGAUUUCGGAAUUUUGCCAGGAAAUUAAUUGAACGGAACGAUCUGUUUAUUUGACUUUAUUACCAUGGAUAUAUUAAUAGUAGCCAGUGAGGGGUCUAGGGUGUCCAUUUUGAUUAUAGUGUAGAAGGCAUAAAUGCGAAUGCACUUAACCAUUUUAUAUAUAAUUUUUAAGACAAUAUCAAUAUUUUAUCUACCGGUCUUUCGAAAGAUUGUGACCCCUUGUAAAGCAAUAAGCUAUAUGAGCAAUUCUUGGUAAUAAAGUAUUUUUCCUAAGAUUGUUGUUACAAUAUUAUAAUUGCACAUAUUUUAGAAACUAUGUCGCACGUAUGACUUAUAUUAACUAUUGACCUUUCCUAAUCAAUAUUUAAAAUUUAUAGGCGUGUUAGUUGACCAGAAAAGGAGUUUUGCUUUGAAUUUUCAUCAAACGUUAUAUUGAAUUGGCAGAAAACAACCCGAAAUUUGAUGGUAUGUAUCACCUUAACAUAAGAAGGCUUAACAUAAGAAUAUAUUUCUACUGUUUGGUAAAAAUUCUAAAAAAACGAUAUUAUAACAUUGAAACGUUUUCAUAUAAAACUAUGUGAAUGUUCCAAAUUGAUUUUUAUUUGCAAAUAGGUAAUAACUUAACAUUAGUAAUUAUAAGAUAGUAGUUAUAAAUCUUCUUAUUGUAUAAAUAAAGUCGAGUUCGACUCGGGUUAAAUAAAAUUUCCAGCAUGGCUGA